CCCUUAAAUCCUCCAAACAUUGCCUUCGUAUAGACCGGUCCUCCCCAAGAAGCAAAGGAAACAAAAAGAACAAGAUUAAGGCUUUAACGAAGGUGACUCUUUUAAAACACCAAAGCUCUUCAGGGAAGUUGUUGCUUUCGGCGGAGGCAUAAAACAUGGGUAAGUUAAGCAUGGAACAGAUUUUGAAGGAUAAACAGAGCGGCGACCCUAACUCCAUUUCUUCUUUAUCCCUCACUCAGAAAGCUCUCUCUGAGGUAUCAUGUUUGACCCAAUUCACCAACUUGGAGAGACUGGACCUCGCCUUCAACAGUCUCACUUCACUUGAGGGAUUAUGUUCAUGUAUAAAUUUGAAGUGGUUAUCGGUUGUCCAAAACAAAUUGCUAAACUUGAAAGGAAUCGAAGCUCUCUAUAAGCUUACUGUGUUAAAUGCUGGAAAAAAUAAGCUUAAAUCAAUGGAUGAAGUUAGGUCUCUUGUCAGUUUACGUGCUUUGAUUUUGAAUGAUAAUGAUAUUGUUUCCAUUUGCAAGCUGGAUCAACUCAAAGAAUUGAACACUCUUGUCCUUUCUAGAAAUCCAAUCCGCGAAAUUGGUGAAUCACUAGUCAAGGUUAAAUCUCUCACAAAGCUUUCUCUCUCAUAUUGCCAACUCCAGACCAUUGGCUCAUCUCUUAAGUCCUGCAUCGAGUUGAAAGAGCUCCGACUUGCUCAUAAUGAUAUUAAGAGUCUCCCAGUUGAGUUGUCUUAUAAUAAGAAUCUCCAGAACUUGGACUUGGGAAAUAAUGUGAUUACAAGAUGGUCAGAUGUGAAGGUGCUGAGUUCCAUAGUUGAUCUGAAAAAUCUCAAUCUACAAGGAAACCCCAUCUCUGAAAUAGAUAAAUUAUCCAAGAAGAUUCUAAAAUUAUUGCCAAACUUGCAUAUCUUCAAUGCUAGACCAUUAGAUAAAGGCACCAAGAAGGGAGGCAGUGGCAGAAUUGAUGAUUUUUCACUUAUUCCUGUUAAUGAGCUUGCAGUCCCUAGGGAAAAGCAAAAGAAUUCUUUGAGAAAAAUAGGUCAUGAUUAUGCAACUGAUGCUAAAACAGAGAAGGACCUGAAGAAGAAAAACAAAAAAGUGGAGGACAAACUCUCAGAAAAGGAAGACGUACCAGUCUAUGAAGGGGGUGAAGUUAUGGUUGAAAAAAAACUAAAGAGGAAACUAUCACUGGAGCAAGAUGAUAGUAAUGAUCUUGGUAUUGAGGAUGGGAAGCAGAAAAGGAAGAAAGCAAACGAGGAAUUCUCAAAGAAAGAUGUUCAAGUCGAUAAAGAUGAUUAUGAUGCAGUCAAAAGGAAAUCCAAGAGUAAAAAAUCAAAGGAGGAACAAGAUGAGCUUGAUGUAAUUGAUGAUGGGGAUACACCAUUUGCUGACCUUUUUGCUGUUAAUACUGCGGACAGCCUGAAAGUUAGUGGCGAAAAGAAAAUGCUAGAUAAAGGGGGUAAAGACAUAAAUUUGAUGGGCGGCGUAGUCACUGUCUCGGGAAAGAAAAAGAAAACUAAAAACCGUGGAGCGGGUUCUAUAGUCCAGUUGCCCGCUGUGAUUGAAGUUGGAAUGGGUGGACCAUCAACAUGGGGCGAUGAGUAACGCCAGCCAUAAGGCUCCUACUGCUUCACCUGUUACAAUCUUAUUUCAAAUGCCUUAACAGAUGCGCACAAAAAGUCUAUCAAGAUGAUCUGACGUUAGAAUGUUGAACCAUCUGUGGUGUGCUUUAUUUUCAACUCAUUUUUCAAACCAUUGGAAUUUAUUUAUUUAUUUUUUGAGAUUGUAUGACUUGCAUCCUUAAAGAUUUCAGAUAGCUUAUUUAUAGUAACCAUUUGAUGAUGGACUAAAAGUUCAUUUGAUAUUA